GUGGACACUUAAUGAAAGCACGCAAUAAGUGUAUAUGAUGGUUGUGAUGAUGAAGAGCUGCAGCAGUGACUGAGGCAUUUCAUUCUCAUCUGCGAGUGUGUCAGUGCAGAAACAUGGGGGAGGCUGAGACUGUGCCAUCCGACGAAAAACAAGCAGAAACCGGGAUCUGUACCGCCGAUGAAUCGAUAGUAUGGAGUCAAGAAGUAGAAGUGUGUCUUUUUCACGCCAUGUUGGGUCACAAACCCGUAGGAGUGAAUCGUCAUUUCCACAUGAUCUGUAUUCGUGAUAAGUUCAGUCAGAACAUCGGCAGACAGGUGUCGUCUAAAGUCAUCUGGGAUCACCUGAGCACCAUGUAUGACAUGCAAGCACUGCAUGAAUCAGAAAUACUCCCGUUUCCAAACUCAGAAAAGAGCUUUGUGCUGCCUGAAGAGAUCAUACAGGAUGUCAAGGAAGGUAAAGUGGGAUCAGAAGAUGACGUGAAGGAGGAGUUUAAAGAAGAGAGCGACCCGCCUGCAACCCAUGAAGAAGGUCUGGGUCCCAGUAUGGCUGGCCAGGAUUUUGCGAGGCAGCAAUUCCUCCGUGAAGAUGUCAGAGAGGUCGGGCAGCGGGCGCGAGAAAGAGAGAGAUCGGGCCGAGAGGGGGGGCUCCGGUGAGACGGGCAGCGGGUCGAAAGAAUCAGCCGGGGAAAAGAGAAAGAGGAGCCGAGCCGUGGAGAAGGUGAUGAACUCCAGCAACCCCUCCAGCCCUGGAGGAGCCAAGCGCCGCAGGACGUAGCCGCAGCUUGCAGCAGGAGGACUUGGGACAUCAGAUGUUUGAAAAGAACUGACUGAGAAAGGCGUAGCUAAUAUCGGUCACGCUAGAGUCAAUGUGAAAGUGAAAUGACAUGACGUGCAGGGGAUGUGGUAUGUUCGUGUGCGUUAUCUGCAGUCCAGGGGUUCACUGCGAGGCGUUCCUGUGCUUUAAGCGUUCUGAGCUGUUCAGACAGAGACGGCAGAAAUAUAGAGGAAGGACAGUCUUUGGUGGUUGUGUAGGAUCAGACUAGACUGAUGGGGAAAGUAUGAAAAACUAAUAAGCUUUCCUCUGCUGAGUUUGGAAACAUUACAGCAACUUUUUUUUUUUUUUUUUUAAGGGAAAAAAAAAACGUUUCUGGGAAUUUUAAGCGGUUGCUUUAUUUUAUUUUUGUCCAAGCCAACGUUUUUUGAGAUGGACCUGAGAAUCAACUAGUUUGUUGUGUGAUGUAUUAGGACUUGCACUGCAAAUAAGUUGAGCUAAACGUCUGUUAUUAACUGUAAGAAAUAAGCUGAUUCUAUUAGACGGUCAUUGAUCAAAUGCUUAGGAAAUAGUUAUGAUAUUUACACUGUUUCUGAGUCAUGCUUGAUUGAAUUAUUUGACCGUAUGUAUGUUGAGCGCAUCAGGAGUUUGUCCCUGAUUAAAAAUUUGACUGAACAA